AUGGCAACAACAGCAGCAGCAACAACAUUUGGAGAACGGGCUGAGCGACGACUUCACCAGCGUUUGGCCAUUGGACACGCCGUCUGGUGGAUACCCAGCCCCAAGUCCCGCCCGCGUCCAAGCCCCGCUCCGAGGCCACGCAAUGUGGAGAACGUUGCGCAGAAAUUGUCAUUUGGCGCCGCGUUAAAGGAUUUGCUGCAGAAUUUCUCGUUCCACUGUUAUGGCAAAUUAGUCGAGCACGGAUAUCGCAAUCACGAACGCUUCUUCUGGCUCAUUUUCCAUAUAACAGCGCUGAGCGUGCUAAUCGCAUUCGUUUGGAAUACGUAUAAGGACGAGACCGAAGUGCUGGUCACCACCAUCUACAAUCCCCAAUAUCCUGUCAGUGAGGUGGAUCUGCCCGCUGUCUCUGUCUGCAGCAUGAAUCGCAUCUCCAAGCGGGCGGUGCGAUAUUAUGCCCAGCAACUCAGCGACAAGGAUCACAGGCAUCGCAAUGCCAGCUUCUUUUAUAGGGAACUUCGUGCAUUUGGCAUGUACUACGGCAGCGAAGAGUACUGUGAUUAUCAGCAUGUGCUCGGACUUCAGAGAUUUCUUGAUGAUAAGGACACGGAACCCUAUGAGCUGUUCUUCAACAGCAGAAGACACUUGCACGAUUUGACGCCCAAUUGCAGCGAUAUGUUUGUCUCCUGUCGCUUGGCCGGACAAGCCUUCGAUUGCUUAACACAAUUUAGGGAAUCGCUUACCAACUAUGGCUUCUGCUGCACUUUUAAUUUGCGUGGAAGAUUCUUUAAGCCACGCCCAUAUUCCCAACGCUUCUUUGGCGCUGACAUGGGUUUAACGCUAACCCUAAAAUCGGAUCGCAAUGAUAAUUACUACAAGAUGCAUAAGCUGGUCGAAGGAUUUGCGAACUAUCCGGAUCCGCAGUCAGGCGGCGUCUCCCUAAGAUUUGUCUCUUCCGGACGCAUUACACAGUUGCCAGUAAUACCGAGAAUUAUUGAGACGGUGCCGGAGGCGCGACACAUGAGUCCCCAGGUGCGCAAAUGCUUCUUUGAAGAUGAAAUACCUCACAACUUCUCACAACGCUACACAUUCAGUAAAUGCAUCUCCGCAUGUCGAGCACGCAGCAUAUUCAGCUUAUGCGGAUGUUUGCCCUUCAAUAUACCUAUGAGCUUCAUACCCUUUGCCAUCGGACGUGUCUUCUGCACCCUCCAGCACAUGGAGUGUCUGCAGCGUUACAAAUUUAAAUGGCUGAAUGUCAUCACCACUCGCGAAUUUAUGCCCGGCCUGGAGCAUGAGCUCGAGGAUGCGCUCUACUGUCCCGACUGUCUGGCCUCCUGCUCCGAGAUACGUUACAAAGUCCGCGGCGCCAUGUCGCUGCCCCUCAAGGGUAACUUCAAGCCCAUGACCAACAGCAACUACAGGAACAGCAACAACAACAGCAGUUUCGAUGCCAAUAACAGUUACAGCAGCCAUGACAGUUCCGAGUUGGCCGUUGUGCGUAUUUACUUUGCCGAAACGCAUAUUCAAUACUUUCGGCAGAUUAUUAAAAAUGCCUGGUACGAGAUCUUCAGUACAAUUGGCAACAUCUGCGGCAUCAUAGCGGGCUUCUCAUUGAUUGGCAUCUGCGAGCUGCUAUUUUUCCUAGCCAAACAAUUAUGGCAUGCAUACAAAGCGGAACUGAAGGCGGAGCUCUGUCAGUCCCAGUCCCAGUCCCAGUCCAAGGCCCGGACUGGAAAUAUUUAUGAAGCCUCAGGCAAGGCGAACGUAGAAGCCAUAGACGAAGCAAACCAAAGUCAGAGUCAGAGUCUGAGUCUCAGGCCAAGGCAGAUGCAGAGUUGGAAGUUGGAGAUGAAGUGA